AACGAACCAUGUCAGUGCGCGGUUAAUAUCGACUAUAUAUUUAGAUCCGGAUAGCAUUUUCACUCACGAUUCAAUUAAUAAAGUUCAGUUAAUAUUGAAAUUAUAAGCAUUAUAAUUACAAUCAAAUUGAUAUUACAAUUGUGAUCACCGACAAUUUUUGAGCAGUGAAUGCAUCUCGGAAGGAAAAUCAGUGAUAUACUUUAGAAAUUUAACUUAUUUUCACGUAAAUUCGAUUCGAUAGUUCACAAACAAAAUGAAUUUCAUCAGGCAAAUAACACAACGGGACGACUUAAGUAAUUUUGAAUUCAGCCUAGCGUCUCGUAAGGGCUCACCGAUGAAAGGACGUCGUGCUGCUGGCAGCGCAGCUCUGGAACACAUCGAGGACGAAAUUUUUGCUUCUCCGCAGCGGCAAGCCAUCACCACAGCGCCGCCAGGGGGUAGGAAGGCCGGGGGUUGGGCCACGGCAUCAGCAACGGGCGCUGGAUUCGGGCCUCCGGAAGAAGAUGCGCGGUUCUCCCAGAUUGACAACUCAGACGAUGAAAUGCCGGCCAUACCAGACCUGGAAGAGGUCUCAGAGCAGGACUUAACCCAGCAGGUCGCCCAGGCUCCCAAUGUAGCAGUGAACCGCGUGGCGACGUUCAAGGAGCUUGACUCAGACCUGCUGCGACACGCCGCCUUCUCUACGCUCGAUGACAUAGACCUUCGCGCCCUCACAGACGUGCUCUCCAACGAGGCCGACAUCAGGGAGCCGGACGUGGAGUGGCGGUGGGACAGCCUCUUCACGGAGGUGUCGUCUGAGCUGCUGCAGGAGUGGGACGACGGCGCUGAGAAGUCAGUGGCCGACGCCAACGACCCGCUGCCUUUCAAUUUAUAACCAGCCUUAAUAUUGUCAUUUGUCAUGCAGAGAUCAUGUUGUUGAUUUGAUGUGAAAUAACUUCUCGGUCAUUUGAGAGCGAUGGUAGUUCUUAGGUUGCGAUCCGGAAGUAAUCCUGAUAAACUUUUUGUAUUAAAAUUGAUUUCAAUCAAUAAUUCACAGAUCACUGAGUUAUUUUCAAAAUCCAACUGGUUCGUAUGGGACUUUUUAGCCUUUGAUUAAACAAACCUAGAUCGCAUAUCAGGUUCAAGAAUGCCACAAUAAUUGUUGCUUAGCAUGAUGGAAAUCCAUUUACCUUUUUGGCAUAAAAUUCAUUGCUGAUCUAAAUGAUCCCCGUCAGCACAAUACCAGUAUAGUUAAAAUUGAUUGUGUUAGCUUUCCGUAAGUUUGUGGAAGAAUUAAAAAAAUCCUUUGCAUUAAACUCAAGCAUGCGAGCUCAACUUACAGGUGGGCCAGAAUAUUAUCCAAUGGAAGGCUUGCAAUAAUUAUGGUAGCACUCAAUCAUAAGCGAAAAUAAUUUCGUCGCAAUUUGAAAACACAAUAGAAGAAUACAUCCUAAUUUUCAUCUGGCCAUUAGUCAGACGUAUAUUUUGUUUCACGGAAUAAACCUGGAUCAAAGUUUAGCAUAAGUACGAUUGUGAAAAUACCAAUAAAAACAUUGUUCACAUUUUCCAAGGGGAAAAACCCUAUUGGUAAAUGUAUUAAAUAUAGUGUUCUUCAAAAUUGAAAUGAUGAGUCGCCCCUUGAAAUAUUCAUAUUGAUAAAUUAUUACAAUUCAUUAAUUUGUGCACUAUAUAUUGAGGUGCAUGAAAUCAACGGCCCUAUCGAAUUUAAUCCAAAAACUUUGAAAGGAAAAACAAGUAGUGAAUAAAAAAGGAAAUGGUGUGGCAUAAAUUUAUUUCCCGUUAAAAGUCUCACGACCAAACUCUCUCUGGCUUAUGGGAAGCGAACAAAUCUAUAGAUGUGAAUGUCAAUAAAAUCAGUUCUUUAAAUCAGUGAGCGUUUCUUAAAAUUACUUAUUCCAUUGUGAUCUUUUCCAUUAUUUUUUACAAAUGAUUUCGCAAAUAGCUCGCGACUUCGUAAAAUAAUUAGAACAAACAAGUUUCGGAAGUGACAUUUUCGCCCCUCUUAAGAGAUGCAUCACGAAUUAUCAGAUCAGGAUUACCAGCUAUUGAACUAUGAAUUCUAUAUAUUUAUCGAUCAAAAUAACCCAUGGCACGUAACGUGCUCUUAAUAAAAAUGAUUUAAAUAAA